CACCCAGCACCAUGUACUGCUGAUAGCUGGCACUAACUUCCGCUUUUAUUUUUUCUCUCUCUCACUGAGCUCUCUGGCUCAAUAAACCAUAUCCCUUGCGCAAGGCUCGUUUCCCACCAGCCCAUGGACGAGUGGAUCAUUUGAUUAUUGCUUAUCUGAUUCUUUCAUUUUCUCAGGGAGCUACAGCUAUAAUAGGACGGUCCUAGAGUAUUUAUGGAAACCAUCGAUUGCUAACAUUCAAUCAUUCCUGGAGAGUGAACAAUUACGGAUAUGCCCAAUAUGGAAUCUCAAGAUUCAACUGUUUCGCGAGGUGAAGAAAUCAAAGUCCUGGCUAAUGAAGCUUUUAAAGCCCAUAAGUAUUCUCAGGCUAUUGAUCUAUAUACUCAAGCGAUUGAAUUAAAUGGUAAGAAUGCUGUUUACUGGGCUAAUCGUGCAUUAGCGCAUACUAAAUUGGAGGAGUAUGGCAGUGCAAUACAGGAUGCUUCAAAGGCUAUUGAAAUUGAUCCUAAAUAUUCAAAGGGUUAUUACAGACGAGGUGCUGCUUUUCUUGCAAUGGGAAAAUUCAAAGAAGCCCUAAAGGACUUCCAACAGGUCAAGAAAAUCUGUCCAAAUGAUCCUGAUGCUACCAAGAAAUUAAAGGAAUGUGAGAAGGCAGUAAUGAAGCUUAAGUUUGAAGAAGCAAUUGCUGCACCUGAGUCUGAAAGGCGCUUAGUGGCUGAUUCUAUUGAUUUUCGCUCUAUAGAUGUGGAGCAACAGUAUUCAGGUGCAAGGAUAGAGGGAGACAGUGCUACUUUGGAUUUUGUCAAGAAAAUGAUGGAUGACUUCAAGAAUCAAAAAUGCUUGCACAAACGAUAUGCAUUCCAGAUAGUGUUACAAACAAGAGAAAUGUUACAAGCCCUGCCUUCUCUGGUUGAUAUAAAUAUUCCUGAUGGGAAGCAUUUCACUGUUUGUGGAGAUGUACAUGGUCUGUUCUAUGAUCUGUUAAACAUAUUUGAGCUGAAUGGUCUUCCCUCGGAAGAGAAUCCAUAUCUGUUUAAUGGUGAUUUUGUGGAUAGGGGAUCAUUUUCUGUGGAGGUCAUCCUCACAUUGUUCGCAUUCAAGUGCAUGUGUCCAUCAGCCAUAUAUCUUGCUAGAGGAAAUCAUGAAAGCAAAAGUAUGAACAAGAUAUAUGGUUUUGAGGGUGAGGUGCGAUCCAAAUUGAGCGAGACAUUUGUGGAACUCUUUGCAGAAGUCUUUUGUUGUUUACCUUUGGCUCAUGUAAUAAAUGAUAAGGUGUUUGUAGUUCAUGGAGGUCUUUUUAGUGUUGAUGGGGUGAAGCUGUCUGACAUUAGAGCCAUUGAUCGGUUUUCUGAGCCCCCUGAGGAAGGGUUAAUGUGUGAAUUGCUAUGGAGUGAUCCACAACCUUUCCAUGGAAGAGGUCCUAGCAAGCGGGGUGUAGGCCUUUCUUUUGGUGCAGAUGUGACAAAAAAAUUUUUGCAGGAAAAUAAUCUAGAUUUAGUUGUGCGAUCUCAUGAAGUAAAGGAUGAAGGUUAUGAGAUUGAGCAUGAUGGUAAACUUAUUACUGUUUUCUCUGCUCCAAAUUAUUGUGAUCAGAAACCUUGCAGGGUUCUAGAAGAAACUUCCCUUGGGGGUCUAUGUAGCAGAUGAGAACAUCUAUAAAAGUUGCUUCUUUCUCUCCUACCUUUCUUCCUCAGGAUUCCAGAAGCAACUUGGAAGAUGAGUUUUACUACCAAAACAACUUCAAACAAAUGGGAAAAUGUUGGUCAAUAGAUGCUUUUUGAAAGCACUGGUGAUAUAUUUCAUCAUUUGUUCCUGCUUUCUAAGUGUGCUGGAAGUUCAGAAAACAUGUUUAUCCAGUAUUGAGAAAUAUAUGUUAUAGGCAAAUUCAACUGGGAGUGUGCUGUGGGCUUGGAGGGGGUUAUAUAUAUACUGUUAAAGAUGGUCAGAAAUUUCUUACUUUGGCCCCCUCUCACUGCUUGUUGGUUACUUGGUCCCUCAGUUCUACUUGGGUAGUUUGGAGGAGAAGACAGGACUUUUGGGAGAUCUCUGUUUUUAUUGGUGGAUUAGGGGCAACCUGCUUCUUUUUUUUUUUUUUUUUUAAUGAAAAAAAAGGAAACUGUGGCUGUUAACCAAGGGUUGGAGAAGCAAACAAAGGUGUUUAAAAAAAAACCAGAAAAGUGGGCCACCCUCUGUGCUAAAUGGACACAUGGUACAAUAACUUUGGUUUUGGGGACAAUAUUCUUGUUGAUUAUCCUAUUCUGCCAGAAUUUGUAGGAUUCUGUGUCUCAAGUAUCAUGUUGCUUGUUAUUUGUACAUGUACUAUACCCCUUAGAUUCCUUUUUCUUUUGGGUAUUACUUUAUUUUAUAUUUAGAAAGUAAACUGCAUGAUUAUCAUUUUAUUCCAGAGAUUUUAUUACACCUUUGAGCGUGCAUGGUUAUGGUGAUAUUGCUUGUCUUGAAUGUUUCUUGUAUUGUGCACU